AUGGCCGCCAACAUCGCCGCCAAUGUGGCACAGAGCCGCUUCGGAGAAGUCCCCGUAGUAGCCUCCAACCAAGACAAGGAGAGAACCUCUGCAUCCGACAUGCUUGCCUGUUGCUGGAUGGGCAAGAACAAACUUGAGAUGAAGAGAGUCGCUAUGCCUGAAAUAACUGACGAUGAAGAUGUGCUACUUCGGAUCACAGCAAGCACCGUUUGUGGAUCUGACUUGCACCUCUUCCAUGGCGAGAUUAUGCAGCUCAAGACAGACGAGAUCUUAGGCCAUGAAUGUGCGGGAAUUGUCGAGAGGGUUGGCAGCAGUGUGACCGCUGUCAAACCAGGUGACCGUGUCGUUGCAGCGUUCAAUGUCGCCUGUGGCAACUCUGUCAUGGAGAAGCUGUACGGUCACCGCACAGGUGGUGUUAUGGGUUACUCACAUGCUGAAUACUGCCGUGUGCUUUACGGCAAUACCAACUUACUCAAGAUCCCUAGUGGACUCCCUGAUGAGAAGGCUUUAUACCUCUCAGAUAUCAUUCCCACGUCUUAUCAUGCCGUUUGGGACGCUGGCGUUAAGGAAGGAGAGAUUGUUGGUGUUUGGGGUCUUGGUCCCAUAGGCUUGUGCGUAGUUCAGUGGCUUCGCAAUGUCUUCAAGGCAUCCCGCAUCAUUGUUGUCGAUAAUGUACCCCAACGUCUCCAGCUGGCGAAGGAACGAUGGGGUGCAGAAACCGUCAAUUUUGAUGAAUACACGGAUGUUGCCGCAAGGGUGAAUGAGCUUGUACCAAGCGGCUUGGAUCGCUCGAUCGAUUGCGCAGGGUUUCGGUACGCCAAGUCAUUGGUUCAUAGGAUUGAGCGAGCUGUUGGUCUCGAGACCGACACCAGCGAGAGCAUCAACGAGAUGGUGCGCUCUACCAAGAAGUUUGGUACUGUCGCUCUCAUUGCGGAUUAUGCGGCGUAUACAAACCAUCUCUUGAUCGGCGGUAUUAUGGAGAAAGGUAUACGACUCAUUGGAUGCGGACAGGCACCCAUUCAACGGCACUGGAACGAAUGUCUCCAACAUGUUGUGGAGAAUCGAUUCGACCCUACUGUCAUUUUGACGCACAGGUUCCGCUUGGAGGAUACGGUGGAGGUUUACAGGUUGUUUGAUCUCAAGCAAUCCGGUAUUAUAAAGGUGUUCCUCGAGACCAGGUUCAGUGCUCCUACAGAGCCUGGUACUCCCGCGCUCGUAUCCACGAAGGAUAUAGAGUAA